AUGUCGCAGCUGGUGGAGUGCGUCCCCAACUUCUCGGAGGGGAACAACCAGGAGGUGAUAGAUGCCAUCGCCCAGGCCGUGGCGCAGACCCCGGGCUGCACGCUGCUGGACGUGGACGCUGGCCCCUCCACCAACCGCACGGUCUACACCUUCGUGGGGCAGCCAGAGCAUGUGGUGGAGGGGGCCCUCCGGGCCGCGCUGGUGGCCUCCCGGCUCAUCGACAUGAGCAGGCACAAAGGGGAGCACCCCCGGAUGGGCGCCCUGGACGUGUGCCCCUUCAUCCCGGUGAGGGGCGUCACCAUGGCGCAGUGCGUGCUCUGUGCCGAGGCCUUCGGGCAGCGGCUGGCAGCGGAGCUGGGGGUGCCGGUGUACCUCUAUGGCGAGGCCGCGAGGACCGCCAGCCGCCGGACGCUGCCAGCCAUCCGGGCCGGGGAGUACGAGGCUCUCCCCGAGAAGCUCCAGAAGGCUGAGUGGGCGCCGGACUUUGGGCCCAGCUCCUUCGUGCCCAGCUGGGCCACCGUGACAGGGGCGCGGAAGUUCCUCAUCGCCUUCAACAUCAACCUGCUGAGCACCAAGGAGCAGGCCCACCGCAUCGCGCUCAACCUGCGGGAGCAGGGCCGCGGGAAGGACCAGCCGGGACGUCUAAAGAAGGUUCAGGGCAUCGGCUGGUACCUGGAUGAGAAAAACCUGGCUCAGGUGUCCACCAACCUCCUGGACUUUGAGGUCACGCCGCUGCACACGGUCUACGAGGAGACCUGCAGAGAGGCCCAGGAGCUGAGCCUCCCGGUGGUGGGCUCGCAGCUGGUGGGCCUGGUGCCCCUGAAGGCCCUGCUGGACGCGGCCGCCUUCUACUGCGAGAGGGACAACCUGUUCAUCCUGGAGGAAGAGCACCGGCUCCGCCUGGUGGUGAGCCGGCUGGGCCUGGACUCCCUGUCCCCCUUCAACCCCAAGGAGAGGAUCAUCGAAUACCUGGUCUCCGACCAAAGACCUGGGCAGAGCCUGGUGGACAAGCCCCUGGGCGCCUUCAUUCGGGAGGUGGGAGCUCGCUCAGCAGCCCCGGGUGGGGGCUCCGUGGCAGCGGCCAGUGCGGCCAUGGGUGCCGCACUGGCCUCCAUGGCCGGACUGAUGACCUAUGGCCGGCGCCAGUUUGAGCACCUGGACGCGACCAUGCGGCGCCUGAUCCCUCCUUUCCACGCAGCCUUGGCUGAGCUGACCCAGGCAGUGGAUGCCGACGCCCGGGCCUUCGAGGCUUACCUGGAAGCCAUGAAGCUGCCCAAGAGCACGCCUGAGGAGAGGGACAGGCGGGCGGCGGCCCUGCAGGAGGGCCUGCGGCGGGCGGUGGCGGUGCCCCUGGCGCUGGCGGAGACCGUGGCCUCGCUGUGGCCGGCGCUGCAGGAGCUGGCCCUGGACGCCAACCUGGCCUGCCGGUCCGACCUGCAGGUGGCGGCCAAGGCCCUGGAGACGGGCGUGUUCGGCGCGCACUUCAACGUGCUCAUCAACCUGAAGGACGUCACGGACGAGGCGUUCAAGGCCCAGGUCCGCCAGCGCAUCUCCAGCCUCCUGCAGGAAGCCAAGACCCAGGCGGCGCUGGUGCUGGACCGCCUGGAGGCCCGGCAGGACUGAGGCGGGAGGCCCCUGGCACCUGUCCCCACAGCCCGC